AUGGCGGCUGGCAGAGAGAUUAGGAGUGGAGAGGGAGAACGGGGUGUAGGGAAGGGCAGCGAAGGGCCACACGGUGUGAAGGGCAGCGAAGGGCCACACGGUGUGAAGGGAAGCGAAGGGCCACACGGUGUGAACGGCAGCGAUGGGCCACACGGUGUGAAGGGCAGCGAUGGGCCACACAGUGUGAAGGACAGCGAAGGGCCACACAGUGUGAAGGACAGCGAAGGGCCACACGGUGUGAAGGGCAGCGAUGGGCCACACAGUGUGAAGGACAGCGAAGGGCCACACAGUGUGAAGGACAGCGAAGGGCCACACGGUGUGAAGGGCAGCGAUGGGCCACACAGUGUGAAGGACAGCGAAGGGCCACACAGUGUGAAGGACAGCGAAGGGCCACACAGUGUGAAGGACAGCGAAGGGCCACACGGUGUGAAGGGCUGGGAAGGGCCACACGGUGUGAAGGGCAGCGAAGGGCCACACGGUAUGAAGGGCAGCGAAGGGCCACAGUGUGUGAAGGGCCGCGAAGGGCCACAGUGUGUGAAGGGCAGCGAAGGGUCACACGGUGUGAAGGAAGACAGCAGAUGUAGGCGGAAAUAA